AUGGUCCCCUCGUCAGCGUCCCACGCCCGAGCCGGGCUAUCGUGGUCUUCGCUCUAUAUCAUUGUGUCACUGUUCCUGCUCUCCUUUGUGACCGUGGCCAAUGCGCUGGCAUAUGAGCUGCAGAAACCUCUUGCCGAGACCGAGGUACCACCGGAGAGUUCUUCUUCCACGCUUGACGACCUAUUCACGGAGGCCGAUCUCGGAGAUAGCGAGGUGACGGGACGGUUGAGCUGGGCGCGUCCUGCUGAGACGCUGCAGGAUUUGCUCGAUGCGUUGAACGUCAUGCAGGACGAGUACUUUGUGUUAUGGCUAGGCACGUGGCCAUCGAGCAUCGAUUGGACUGCCGCUGUCUUGGGUACACAUGUCGCGGCGACACUGUCAUCUUUCUCAUCCUGUGCGCUCGGCAUUGUGGAUGACGAUGACUCGCACGAGUGUUCCUUCUCUGCAUUUGAAAAUACCGUCAAUUACUUCUUCAGUCAGACUAGUACAUUCUACUUUGGUGAGAAUGCUUUCAGUCUGCGGAAUCAGGCCUACGAUGACAUGCUCUGGGUGGUGCUGGACUGGCUGGAGAAUAUCAAGUUCCAGGACCUGCACUCGAACCUCUACUACUCCACAUCCAACUCCUCCUCGACAAAUACUUCGUCGCGGGGCUGGCAUGGCACGCAAUUCCGCGAUGCGGCCGCACAUCGAGCUCGGAUCUUUUAUGAGCUUGCCUCGGCUGGGUGGGACAAGACCCUCUGUAACGGUGGGAUGAUUUGGAAUCCCGCCUUGAUUCCGUACAAGAACGCCAUCACGAACGAGCUUUUUAUUUCUGCCAGCAUUUCAAUGUAUCUCUACUUCCCUGGAGAUCCUAUCGAUGCGCCCUUCGUCGCCAAUUCGCAGGGCGCGGGACCCACGGAGCGAUACCCACACAAUCCUACCCAUCUCAAUGCUGCCAUCGAUGCCUAUGCAUGGCUCAAGAAUUCCAACAUGACCGGCCUCGGUGGUCUCUACGCCGACGGCUUCCACAUCAGUGGCUGGCGCAGCUCGGCACAGCCAGGAUCACGUAAAUGCGACGUCCUCAACACAAUGGUGUACACCUACAAUCAAGGCGUCAUUCUCAGCGGGUUGAGAGGUCUCUGGCUCGCCACCGGCGAUCAGGACUAUCUUCGUGAUGGCCACGAACUGAUCCAUAAGGUGCUGCACGCUACCGGAUGGCCACAUAUAUACUCUGUGAAAUGGGCCGGACUCGGUCGCGGCGGCGUGCUGGAAGAUACAUGCGACUCGCAUGCGAGUUGCUCGCAGGACGGGCAGACCUUCAAGAGCAUCUUCUUCCACCAUCUAGCGGAGUUCUGCCGGCCCCUACGACAACAGGAGGUGAGCUUCUUGGAGAACGAGAAACAGCAGCCGGCGGCUGAGGAUGAUUGGGACGAGGUGUAUGACCGGCAUCUACGGCGGUGCCGUGCCUACGGGCCCUGGGUAGAGCACAAUGCACGCGCUGCGUUGAUGACUCGUGACGAUGACGGCAAGUUCGGCCAGUGGUGGGGUCUACCAUUCAGACAGCUUGUGGUCUCGAGUGAUCUUGUGAAUAGUAGCACUCUCCCUCCUGGAGCGGUGGACUACCGCAAUGAUGGGUUUGACACAGAUCCUGCGAUUGGUGGCAUUCCUCGAGACUUUAAUGAUCGGGGCCGUGGGCGCACGGUUGAGACACAAGCUGGUGGUAUCGCUGUCCUGAGAGCGUUGUUGCAAUGGCAGACCAGCGAUGCCCUUUUAUGA